UUAGAUGCCCAAAUCGCACUCCAGUUCUUGUUUCCGUAAUCAAUCCUCCUCCUUCUUCUUCUUCUUCUUCUUCUCUCAGUUUGAUAUAUCGAUCGCUGCCUUCACAUCCAUCGUCAAGUAAGGCAAGGAAACUCCAUUGAAUGUAUGCAGUAAACUCUGUUUAAUGCUUGGAAUUUAAGAAUCCGAACAGUCGUGAAGCUUUUUCUGGCAUUUUCCACCCCUGAACCAUGAAUGCUAGAAGGGAGUUCCGUAAUAAUAGAGCUGCACUUUUUGAUGGCAUUGAGGAGGGUGGCAUCAGGGCCUCGUCUUCUUACUCCUCCCAUGAAAUUGACGAGCAUGACAAUGAUAGAGCAAUGGAUGGGUUACAAGAUAGAGUCAAUAUGCUGAAAAGAUUGACAGGUGAUAUCCAUGAGGAAGUGGAGGGUCAUAAUCGUAUGUUGGACCGCAUGGGCAAUGAUAUGGAUGCAUCAAGGGGAAUCCUGUCAGGAACCAUGGAUAAAUUCAAGAUGGUAUUUGAGACCAAAUCCAGCAGGAGAAUGUUUACACUUGUAGCGGCUUUUGUGGUCAUUUUCCUGAUCGUAUACUAUCUUACUAGGUGAUUAGUCUCGUGAAUUUGGACCUCUGUUAGUUUUAUAUGCUUAGAACUGGGAAAAGUAUUUCACUUUGUUACUUUAAUCGUUAUUGAUACCUUCAAGAAUUGAUAAUUUGGUAUGCAAUUCGUGUAAAGAUACUUUGACGCUAGACUUUUGGGAUAUGGAAUGGAUAGCAAUUGCUACACCACUUGCUUUACACCACAAA